GGUUCCGCAUCUAUAAAAGGAGACAAGUAUUGAAAAGAAAGAAGAAUUACCUAUCGGAACAUUAAUUGGAGACUUGGAAAUAGUUAAAUUGUUAAAUAAUGGAGUUUAUGGGCAAGUUUAUAUGGCACGAAAUAUUAAAACAUUCGAGAGAUAUGCAAUCAAGUCUUUUCCUCCUAAUAAAAGUCUCGACUCGAUUCAAAGAAAUGAAAUCAUGUUACACUCGUACCUUUCGGACCAUCCACACAUCAUCCGACUUGAAAAAAUAGUGACAACAGCUAAUAAUUGGACGCAUGCUGUACUUGAGUAUGGAUCUGAAGGAGAUCUCUUUUCAGCUAUAACAGAAAAAAAUCUUUAUUAUGGAAAUCACAAGCUAAUCAAAAGUGUCUUUUUACAACUUAUUGUUGCAGUUCGUUAUUGUCAUGAUAAUCACAUCUUCCACAGAGAUUUAAAACCUGAAAAUAUACUUGUGUUUAAUAAAGGUCAUCACAUUAAAUUGACUGAUUUUGGACUCGCAACUACGGAUACAUUAUCAACCGAUUUUGGAUGCGGCUCAACAUUUUAUUUUUCACCUGAAUGUUUAAAUAAUAAACGUGUUGCCUAUGCAACUGCACCUAACGACGUAUGGGCAUUAGGCAUUAUAUUAAUUAAUUUAUCAGCAGGACGAAAUCCAUGGAGACUCGCAUCUUUAAAUGAUGAUACAUUCUGUGCCUUUGUUCAUGAUCCUAAUAUACUCUUAAAGAUAUUACCUAUCUCAAGUGAACUCAAUCAUAUACUUCAACGUAUCCUUUGUCUUGAUCCUUCACAGAGAAUAUCAUUAAAUGAAUUAUACACCUCUAUUCAGCAAUGUACUUAUUUUACUCGUACACCAGAAGUGAUUCAAUAUGAAGAUUUAUCUUUAUCACCUCCUAUUACACCUGAACGAGAUAUGAGUAGCAGCAUUUCUUCUUCUUCUUCUUAUUCUUCUUCUGUUACAACAACAGAUGAAGGAAAAAAUCAUGUUGAUUAUCUUUUUCCCAAAAAAGGUGAAAAUCUGGACUCACAUUAUAUUCAAGUCAUGAUCUAGACUUUUUUUUUUUUUUUAAUUAUUUCUCACAUAUAUCAUUGCCUGCAACUCUCCUUAUAUUAUGCAUUUAUACCUUUUUUUUUUCUUCACUAGACUCUUAUAUUUAUAUAUACAAAUAUUUGUUUUUUUUUCUUUUAUGUUCAUGACCAUUCUUAUUCCAUUUGUUUAAAUACCUCAAAAUUUAUACAUGUAUAUCCUCAUGCAUCUCUUUAUCUUAUUGAUAUUGUAGAUCCUCUUUUUUUUUUCAAUUAUUAAAUAGCAGAAAACG